ACUCAUCUCACAAUGCCUUCCGCCAAGCGCUUACGCGAAGAUGACCACGAAUCUUCAGAGAUCGUAGGUGGCCAUGAAGAUGCGCGGCCAAGACUGCUCGAGCCUUUAAAAUAUUCUGGGACUUUGGACAAGUUUAAGCAUCAGGACAUAACGCCAGUGAUCGGUAGGGAAUUUGAGGGUCUUCAGGUCACUGAUUUGCUGAAAUGGGGCGACGAAAUGAUAAGAGACCUUGCCAUCACAGUAUCGCAGCGCGGCGUGGUUUUCCUUCGAGAUCAGGAUGUGACACCGAUACAAAUGAAAGAUCUGAUGCUGCGGAUCACCGAGCUUGCCGGAUGCCCAUCAUCAUCUGGUCUACACAUUCACCCACUCACUGAAGAAGGCUCCGAACUGGGUGACCAAAUCUCUGUCAUUUCCAGCGAAAAGCAGAAGAAAGGUGGAGGUCUGACACACCAACUGUCGGAUGUCUCGCGUUUUGCUUCAGCGGGUUGGCAUACGGAUAUCUCCUUUGAGAAGGUUCCCUCGGAUUAUGCUAUGCUCAAGAUUCACACCCUACCAGCUACUGGUGGAGACACACUAUGGGCGAGCGGUUACGAGAUUUACAAUCGUCUUUCACCCGCCAUGCAAGAGUUCUUAGAAGGACUCACGGCUACUCAUGACGCAAAAUUUUUCCUGGACGAGGCAGCGAGAUUAGGGAACCCACUGAGAAAAGGAAUUAGAGGGCAUCCUCUGAACCAAGGGGAUUCACUAUAUGCAGUGCACCCAGUCAUUCGGACAAACCCUGUAACUGGAUGGAAGUCCGUCUACGUGAACAAAGGAUUCACAAAGCGCAUCCAUGGCAUAACGAAGGAUGAAUCCGACCUCUUGCUACCAUACCUCUUCAACCUCGUCACACAGAACCAUGACGCACAAGUCCGUUUCAAGUGGCGGAAAAACGACCUUGCUAUUUGGGACAACAGGAGUAACUGGCAUUGCGCGACGUACGACUAUGUGGAGGCGCGCAGCGGAGAUCGUGUUUGCAGUUUGGGCGAAGCGCCUUAUCUAGAUCUGAGGAGUAAAGGGCGAAGAUAA